AGUUAUCCGGUUUGAAAAGCCAUGAUUGCCAUGUCCUUAUACAACGACUUCUUCCUAUUGGAAUGCGUGGGUAUCUUAACAAGGACAUUUCUAUUGCAUUGUUUGAGUUGGGAAAUUACUUUCAACAGUUAUGUUCAAAAACAGUGAGGGUGAAUGAUUUGGAAAAAUUACAAGAGAGCAUAGUACUCAUACUUUGCAAGCUAGAAAAAAAUUUUCCACCUGCAUUCUUUGAUGUGAUGGUUCACUUAGCUAUUCACUUGCCUCGCGAAGCCAUUCUUGGAGGGCCAGUGCAAUAUCGAUGGAUGUACCCUAUCGAAAGAUUACUCGGGAUUUUGAAAGGGUAUGUAGCAAAUCGAGCUCACCCAGAAGGUUCAAUUGCAGAAGCUUACAUUGUCAAAGAAUGCCUAACUUUUUGCUCUAUGUAUCUUGGUGGGAUUGAAACCGUAUUUAACAGAGAGGAAAGAAAUGAAGAUGGUGGUGAUGUUGGCUCAGGGCAUUCAGUUUUUUCACAAAAAGUCCGUACUUUUGGGCUCACUCAAAGGGCAGUUGACGUGUCUGAGAAUGAAAGAAAAGUGGCUCAUUGGUUUAUCUUGUAUAAUAGUCCUGAAAUUGAUGAAUAUCUAGAGUAUGUUCUCAUUUAGUUAAGUCUAUGCAAAAUGCUUUUCAUUAUGAUCACACUCAAGUACUAAUUAUUCACAUUUGAUUUUUCAAGUAGAGAACACAAGAAUCAGUUACAAAAUGCAAAUGUACAUGACAUUACAAGACAACAACAAGAAGAAUUUCCUAGGUGGUUCAAAGAGCGGGUAAUAUAUAAGAUACAUAGAUAAUAUGUAACCUCUCAUCAUAAACAUAAUUCACUGUUCGUAGAUUGAUAUUAACAUCAUGCAUCCUUGUCACAUGUUCAUGUAGAUAAAUCAAUUACGAGCUGAAGGAUCAUCGGAAGCAACUGAUGAGUUGUGGUCAUUAGCUAAUGGUCCUAGUCCAAUAGUGAAUAUUUAUUCAGGUUGUAUUUGUAAUGGCAUUCGAUUCCACACGAAAGAGCGAGACAACCGUCGUAAAAGUCAAAAUAGUGGGUUGGUUGUUCAAGGGGAUCAUCAUGGUAUGUCAAUUGAUUUCUAUGGUCAGUUGAAUAAAGUUUGGGAAAUGACAUACAUGUUCGGGCAUCGAGUUGUGUUGUUUCAAUGCGAAUGGUUUAACACUGGUAGCAACAGAACAUUUCGCACUGAAACACAUUUGACAACCAUUGAUGUAAGAAGCCGUUGGUAUCAAAAUGACCCAUUUGUCUUGCCAAGUCAGUGCAACAAGUUUUUUUAUGUCAAUGAUACCAAAUUAGGUGAACAUUGGAAAGUCGUAGAGCGAUUUCAACGUCGAGGAAUAUGGAAUGUGCUGGAGCUUGAGGAUGUAGAUCCCGAUGAUAAUGAAUUGCCUAUUCCGAAUGAUGUGUUCCAGCAGGACGAGACCACUGAAAUUGUCCAAAUCAGCAUUGCAGAUUCCAUUAGCAACACUUUACGUAGGACUGAUAUUGCACCUGAUAUUAUUCCAAGUCAAGUGGUUCUGCAAUCUAGUACAAGUGUACAUGUAGAGGGUCCAAACAGAGAUGAUUUUAUCUGUGAUGAUAAUGAUCAACAUUCAAAUGAUCCUAGUGAUGAUGAAGAUGAAUUUCAUAGUCAUAGUAACUCGGAUACAGAUGAUGAUAUAGAGCCUUGAUUGUAAUAUCCUUUAUUUUUUGCAUUAUCAAGUCAUUUUCAUUGUAAUGCUCUUGAUUGUAAUGGCAUGGCCUUGUUAAUGAAGACAUGUUUAGUUACAACAAGUCCGGAA